CGUUCAACGACACAUUUCGCACAGAAACAAAUUAUUCUUUACAUUUUUGUGUGAGGGAAAUGUCUAAUCCGCGUCGUUUAGAAGCGUAGCUAGCUGCUAAGAAAGAGACAAAGCGGAAGUGAUCGACGCGUCGCUAAGUGUGCGUGUAAAGUGUUGUGAUUGUGUGAAAAUGUGCAAAGUAGAAAUGCUGAGAGUGUUGGUGAAGCAGCGACUAACUGCUGCUGUGGAAGAAAUAUUUGUAGUGUUAGAAAGAACGAUAGCAGAAUACGAGGAGGAACUUUCUAGAACAAAAGAGGAGAACGAGCGACAACGUCAACUACUGGACGCUCUUUUCAACAAACAUCAACAAACAGGGGUCCGUGAAGAACAUCUGGCUCCUGAGCAGCAGGUGUGGGGCUUCACGGUGGAUCAGGAGGAAACACAGCCCCCCCACAUUAAAGAGGAGCAUCUUGAAAGAUCGCUGGAGUUCUCGGCGACCGGCGUCACGGUGAAGAGUGAAGAAGACGAGGUGAAAGGUGAAAGUGAGGAGACUCAACACAUGACAAGAGAAGGAUCACAAGCAGACUUAGCUGCACUACCAGAGAGCGACGAGACGACGUCUCACUCUGCUGACACUGAUGAUGAUGAUGAUGAUGAUGAUGAUGAAGCCGCUCAGACACGUCGCGCCGACAACACUCGCUUUAAAUGUUCCUUCUGUGACAAAACCUUUUAUGACGGCAGCACUCUGAGAAGACACGCCAGGAUACACACCGGAGAAAAACCCUUUGUGUGCUCAGUGUGCGGCCAAGGGUUCUCCAGGAAGGACCACUUGAUCGCCCACACGAGGACACACACCGGCGAGAGACCCUUCUCCUGUUCGCUCUGCAACUCGCGCUUCGGCUUCCAUUCGGCGCUGUCCCAGCACAUGAAGGUCCACUACGGCGAGAGACACCCGUGCGGCGAGUGCGGCAAAGCGUUCAGGACCAAGUCCACCUUGACGAAACACCUGAGGCGUCACGCGCCGGACUCACACUUUGUCGCUCGGAAGAGAAACCUGCCGGGGGAGAAGACGUUUUCCUGCUCCGUCUGCGACGCCACUUUUUGUUACCGCUCCGGUUUGUGUAAACACUUGAAGAAACACGCGUCCGACUCCAGCCUGAGAGGAGGGGAUCCUUGGUGAUGCAGAGACCCUAUUCCUGCAUCCGCUGAUGAAGGCUGCUCCUCACCAUCAUCUGCUCUCCUUCCACCACACGGUCUGGAGACGGAUGGAGCUCCCUCCCCAUGUCCAGCGCAUGCCAGCGUUCUGAGGAAGGGUCUGUGUCACGUUCAAACACCGAGGACAUCUAUUAAACAAGACAAAAGGCAAGGAAUCAAACAGAGACAGAAUUCAAUUUGGACUCAAUAUUGAGGAGAGACAUGGCCACUGCACUCUCUGUACAGUCCUGCACCACGCUCUGACGAAGAAGGUUUUUGUCUCCUCAUUUAUUCAGAUGUUCAAUGUUCACGCACCGACACAUGUCACAGCAGGAAUGGGAAGUAUGUAAAACAGUCAUCGUUUUCGGUCUCAUUGAAGUCCAAGAAGAGGAUUUCUCGGGCUUGGGCUCUUCCUGGAUCCAGCUGGGGCAGGUGUUGGAGGACAAUGGAUAACCCCUCCCGUCUCCUGACCACAGGGACUUUAGAGGGCAGCGGGUCGUAAAUAGCGUUGACCUCGGUCACCAAAUAGUUGGAAGAGAGUUUGUGAAAUAUUUCAAAGAGAGUUCGUUUAACACUUCAAAGAGAGUUCCUCUGGAAGUUGAGCAGAUCCUGCCAUCUGUCCGUGUUGAAAUCACAGUGGCGUUUCACGAGCCUUCGUCCUCUUGUCAGGCCUCGAAAGACAGCGUUCAUAAUACAACGUUUCUUUUGUGAUAACUUACAAACAAUUAUUCCAACAGUCUGCUCGAGACCACGGGAGCCUGGGAGCCAGAUCUGACCCACCACGUCAUUUUAAGGUGGUCUGUUUAAAUAUAUUCGACUUUGCAUUUGGACAGAACAAAAGACAGACACACUAGAAGCAAUUUCAUAUUUUUUUAAACUUGAUCUAAUAUUACAUUCCAA